UGGAUUCGGUCAUUUGUCGUGACUGGUGGUGAAAUGGAAAUGGUGUGCCGGCUAGACUGGAAUUGAACUGGACAGGUUGGGUGUAAUAAUAACAAUAAUAAUACUAGAAAAACAGCUUCAAGCUAAAAGAUUACAGGUAACGUUAAAACCUGCGCACUGUUUUCCACUGAAUUCCAGCAUAGAAGCGACAGAAAGCGAGUGAAUAUGGGGGAAGAAACUGAAAGCUCAGUGAAUAGAGAGAAUCAGAACAUGAAGGAUGAAAACACAUUCACAUCGGAGGAGAGCGGUGUAAAAUAUUACACACGCGAGGAGAUUCAAGCCCAUAACAUGAUCAAAGAUACAUGGCUCAUCAUCCACGAUAAAGUUUACGAUAUCACAAGUUUCAUGGAGGAGCAUCCAGGAGGUGAAGAGGUUCUGCUGGAGCAAGCAGGUGCAGAUGCGACAGAAAGCUUUGAGGAUGUGGGUCAUUCCACAGAUGCCAGAGAGAUGCUCCAGCAGUAUUACAUCGGGGAACUCCAUAUGGAUGAUCGAAAGAAAGAAUCAAAAAAGGAAGUUUACAUCACAACUUCCAAGGAGUCCAGGUCAUUGACCACCUGGUUAAUUCCUGCCAUAGCUGCUGUACUUGUGGGCAUCAUGUACCGUUACUACAUGUUGGAACACAAAUCGUCCUGAACUUUUUCACCGCUAUAUUUCUCUUGUCUGGAGGCCUUGACUUGUUUGAGUGAGUCUAUAAGAUCGCUCUCUAAACUCCUGCUCAUCCUUUCUUCUUUAGUUUCUACUUCACUGACUGGAAAUUGGUCCAUAGCGCAUUGGCUCAUUUUGACUGGUUUCUCUACCAGCCUUCACUUCAGAAUCCACAAUAAUGCAGCUGUAUACUAUCUCUGAUCUUGGUCACUUUUUCUGUCUUUUUUUGUCUUUUUAAAUGUACUUGGAAAUGAUUUCAACUCCUUUAAAUUAAUCUAGAGUGUAGUUGGAAAGAUCAGGUAUGGUCCAGAUUUUGCUGACGGAUCCUAAUUUUGACAAAUCACAUGUCCACAGCCUUCACAUAGCUGCUAAUUGAUGUUUGUCAGUGAAUUGCCUUAGGUUUAUUACCUGAGAAUUUUGACCAAAUGAUUCAUGUGGAGUUGAAAAUUGCAUCUCCAAGAGACGAGCAUGGAGUCGUGCUACUAAAAAGAAAUUUCUAUACAACAUGAUUUAAAGGGGUAGUUCAGGAAAAAAAAUUAAAAUUCAGUCGUCAUCAUUUAGCUACUUGAUUCAAACCAGUAUGACUUUAUUUCUUCUGCGAAAAACACAAAAGAAGAUAUUUUGAAGAAUCUUUGUAUUUUAUGAGGGGGAAAAAAACCCACAUUUCUUAAAAUAUCUUGUUGUAUGUACAGGUUUGGAACGACAUUAUCGUGAAUUUUCAUUUUUUAGGAGAACUAUCCUUUUAAGGAAAACUAGAAAAUAUUGUCAUUGUUUCAUAUAUUGUCAUAACACUUUUGCAUGAAUGUUGUCAUUCAACAUCAGACAAUGUGCAAUUGCUGAAGUGUAAGAAAUGUAGCAUAGAGUCACAGUUAUGCUUUGACGUUAUAUAUGUAUGCUUUUUUCAUACAAUGAAGAUUUCUAGUAUGGUACCUGUAAAUGCAAACUUGAAAUUGACUCCAUUACUCAGUCUAUUUGUAAUGAUGCAUUUGAGAGAUGUUUAAAUGUGCGUGUGUGUGUGUGUGUUUUUUUUUUUUUUUUUUAACAAUUUGUUUCAAUGUUGGUAAGAAUUUCUUUGGGAAGUGUUUGAACUGUUGUACAGCUUGUAGAGUACCUGUUCAUAUAGUCAUUGCUCUUAUAUGCUUCUCUGAUGAAUUGUUCUUAGCAUUGCUUGCAUGUUUUUUCUAGCUCGACUGGCUUUAGCUUAAAGGGCAGGUCAUGAAAAAAAAUUAUAUGCAAGUGUUUACCGUUCAACUGUCUUUAGUCAACUUCAAAAGUAGAAGUAAACCAAAAUGUCUACUUUUGUUUGCUUCUGUUGUGUACUUCUGUUAUUAAAUCUUGCAUUGUAUUUCCUUCUCAAACAAUAGUGGAUUUAAUUCAAGUAGCUUUUAAUGAAACACACUGAGUGAGUCAUUCUAUAUAUCUAUAUAUAUGUAUAUCUAUAUAUAAUAUAUAUAUAUAUAUAUAUAUAUAUAUAUAUAUAUAUAUAUAUAUAUAUAUAUAUAAAUUUUCAAUUAUUCUCAAUAUCAUAUAUAUUCUCUUAUAUAUAUAUAUAUAUAUAUAUAUAUAUUUCUAGCCCAAAUUUCUGUUUUUUUCAGUCAUGUUUUUAAAAUCAUUUCUGCCCCAAGAUAUGUGCAAAUUAUUUUCCUGCCGGGCUGAGUUAAUGUGUUCAGCUUUGUCUAACAAUUGAUAUUAAGAUAUUCACAUUUGUGUGCAUUUUAUAUGUGUAGAUGUUGACAACAUUGUCAAGUUUUCAUAGAAUCACAUGUUAAUGUCAUAAUUUAAUUAUAGUCAUAGAAAAAAAAAAAAGUCCUGAAUUGAGCACAAGUGUGUUAGACUCUAGGUCACUAUCUUCUCUUGUAGUUCAACAAGAAGAAUCACAGCUCAAGGCCUUUAAUAUUGCUGAGAUAAAUGUGAUAUAUUUAAUAAAAAUUAUAAUUUAUCUGUCUGAUUAGGAAUAUCUAUGGUACGUCAGUAUGAAUACAACUGAUGCAUUGAAUCAAUGUGUGUUUAUAAAAAUGUCAGCUACGUUUCAAUAAAUGGUUAAGGAUGCAAGUAUAUCUGUGUACUAUGUAAUUAUUGUCUUUACACUGUAUUUUAGACUAAAUUAGGAACAUGCAUUGAAAUGGUAUUACUGCUGAAGAAUUUGAUGGUUGUCAUUCUGUAUACAAAUGAUCUAAUUUUUUUUUAACUUUUUGCUUAAUUUAAAGUUUCUUGUGUUGUAAAAAUCAGUUAUGGCAUUGUAUGAUUAAAAUAAAUCAAGAAAUAGUU